AUGCUGGUUGAUCAUGCAUAUCUAGAGAUUGAACGUGAUUUGAAGGAUGAUUUGUUAGUUCAAUCACACAUGAGCAACGAUUCUCUAAAGCAGCUUGUGAGAUAUCACCCAAACCACCCUAAACCAAAAGUAGUAGCAGAAUUCUUCGGGUAUAUCAAAGAUGCAAAUUAUGUUGAUCCCGAUCCAGUUGAUCAUCAAAACUGGAGAAACGAAGAAGAAAUGAAAGAAGGAGCUUACGGUGAUGAGCUAAAGACUCUUGAGGAGUUCAAAACCACCAGAAAUGAUUGGUUUGUGAAAGAAACGAGGAGGAGAGGCAAGAAGGUUACUCCUAAAUCACAAGAGGGUGAGGAGUCUUCAUCACAACCAAAGAAAAAGCAAAAGAAAGUGACAAAGACGUUAUUGGUUGAUGAACCUGAGGUAGAUGAGCCGGUUGUUACUGUGGAAGAAGAUCCGUAUGCUGAUAUUGAUCAAGUUAUGUUGAACAUUGAUGAUUUAGUGUCUGAUCAAGCAGUUAAUGUGGAAGUUGAAAAAGAAAAGGUUAUUGAUGAUAUCGAAGGUGAUGAUGUUGAUAAAGAUACUACAAGUUCUUCAAGUUCUUCAGAUAAUGAAGUAGAUGAGGCAGAACGUCUAAAAAGAAUUGAAGAAGCUACAAAGAAAGAGAAACAGUUAAGGAAGAGGAAGAGACAGGAGAAAGAUGAUGCUGCUUAUGUUCCAUCUCCAGAGCAUGUUUCUGAAUCACAAUCACCUUCAAGCGGCAAAAAGAAUGCAGGUGCAAAGAAAAGGAUUGUACCUCCGAAAAUCAAGAAAGUUACAACGAAGAUUACAAAGCCGAAGAUUGUGUUGAAGAAGAAACCAACCAAAGAAACCAGUAAACCAUCAACUCCACCACCUGAACCUACACCAAUACAAUCUCCACCACAUCAAACACCUCCACAACAAUCUUCACCACCAAAACAACCUACUCCACCCAGACAACCAUCACCACUACAUCUUUCACCACUACAUCUCUCACCACCACAACAACAAACCUUGCUUACAUCUCAAGAAAUAUUUCAAACACCACCACUCACUCAAAUUCAACUAACUCCUGGUUCUUCUGGCCAUAGAGGUCUUCACAUUCUUCCAGAUAAUCUUGAAGAUAUUGGAGAUUUUGGCUUUGCAAACGAUGAACAAGUAAAGAAGUUAGAAAAGAAGAUGGAUGAAGUGCUGAAUGAAAACAAAGUUAUUGCAGCAGAAAGCAAGAAAGUUGCUGAACGUGAAAAGAUUCUUGAAAUGCGCGUGAAGAAAUUAGAGUCUGACAACAAAGCAUUGUUAAAGAAGAUUGAUACUGAUCAGACUGAGAUUGAUUUCCUGAAGGUGCGAGUGGCUGAAUUUGAAGAAGAAAAGGCUCGCAGAGAUGAACAGAACAAAUAUUUCGAGAUGAAAAACAAAGAGCUUGAGGCUGAAAAAGCAUUGAAAGAGCAUGAUUUUUACAUGUUGAACAAAGUUGUUGAGAAUAUGCUUGGAACGUCAAUUGAACAAAAGUUCGAAGAGAUUCAAGUUGAAGAGCUUAGGGCAAAACGCCAAGCUGAGAUUGACGAACAAAUGAAAGAUAAGGAACCUGUAACUUUAGAAGAUCUUGCUGCUGAUGACGAUGAGGAAGAUGAUGAAGAGGAUGACGAUGAAGAGGGUGAUGAAGAAGAGGGUGAUGGUGAGGAAGACGACGAUGAUGAGAAAGUGUUUUCGGCUAGCAGUCAUAGUUCUGAUAAUGACGAUGACGAUGCUCAAGGUGGCAUGGGAAUUAAAGUUACUGAAGCCUCUAGUGAAAGAACUUUUGAUGAUUUUCUGAAUGAUUCUAUGAAUGAAGAGACAGGGGGAGCUGAAGGAAAGGGGGAGUCUGGUGAUGCUCAAAAUGUUGAACAUGUUGAGAAGUUAAUUUUGAGAUUGGAUACUUACAGGGAAGAAGGUGAACACUUUCAUACGUAUACAUUGGAAAAUCAAAGAAAUGACACGUAUGGUGGAUCCUGA